AUGUCCUUCCCAUCAACUUUUCGUAUCUUUCAACUCAGAUCACGCCCAAACUCAUUCACAAACCCAUUAUUAUUUCGUACGCUAACGACAACUCUUUCACUACGCUCUGACAAUAAUAAUAACAGUGAAGCUUUAACAGAAGGUGAAAAAUAUCUUUAUGAAAAGUUAUCUAAAAAGUUUCAACCUACGAAAUUACAUGUUCAGGACAUCUCUGGCGGUUGUGGUUCAAUGUAUGCAAUAGAAAUUUCUUCUUUGCAGUUUAAUGGCUUACCAAUAAUAAAACAACAUCGAAUGGUAAACGAAUUAUUGGAGGAUGAUAUUAAAAAAAUGCACGGAAUAAGA